GGUGAAAGAGAACAGAUAGAUGUUCUGUUCUCAUAAUUGGAUCUUUAACUUAGGAAUAAUUUCUAGAAUUGAUGUAUGUAGUUUUGUAAAAGCACAAAUAAUUCUGGAAUUUCUCUGAAAAUUCCUUAGAGAGAUUCCUGACUGAUAUUGUCUUAGUUCCUUCAGAUGGCCUAAGGUUAGGAUAUGAUCUAGCCUUGAUUUGUAUUACUGUAGAGCUAAUGAAUUCACCAUUCCUAUUCAGGUAUUAUGUCUAAAUUAUGAUAAAUUAUUGCCAAAAUAUGUAAGAAUAAUUGCUAUAAUGUAGACUCAUAGGCUUUAAGGAAUCCUUACAGAGGGCAAAAGGUCAGAAAAGCUUGUUUGAGGGUAUGGACAUUUGUUUCUGGACUGCUGAUAAGCAGAAUUUCUCUGAGCUGUAAUGGGUGAGAUUUUCCUUUAAGGAAAAAAGAAGGCUUCUGGGAUUCAGUGGCAAGUGCUCUAAGGAGAAAGUCCUAGGAUGGUUAUUGAGAAGGCAGCCCAAGGCUCACAUUGGACUGAAUUUUCCUGACCAUCUACGCUGCUAAUCCUUGAGUGAAACAAAAAUGGCAGUGACAGCCUUGCUUUAUACUUGAAGACAUUCACUGUGUCCUUUGUGACUUGAGGAAAUAUUUUCCCUUUGGGGCCUUCUUCCUUCAUGACAAAUUCCCAUAAUCAGCACAUAAUCCAAAUUGUAAAAUUAAAGUUUCCAUUUCCCCAAACAACUUAUUAGGUUAAUAAUUGAACAUUCUCAAACUGUUAGGGAACAUACUUUGAAAAGUAGGUUAAGUUUAUUAAUUGAUGGCUUGUAUUUGCAGCCUUAAUUGAAGUUUGGAUCUUGAACUUGGAAUAGCUCAAAGCUCUCCUGAAUUUUCCCCAGAAUCUGGGAUAAAGAAAUUCAUCUGUAAAAUAUUGUUACUCAAGUGUAUAUAGAUGUUAUAGUUAAUGUGUACUUUGCAAAAGGAUAUUCUUUAACAGAAACAUCACUAGUAAACAACUCAGGAAUCUGAAUUCCUAAAGGGAUCUAUUCCUGGGGACUUCCAGGUAAGCAUGGCUACAGAGUAGACGUGGCUGGCUUCCUCUAUUCAGACCCAAUGACAUAGACGACCUCAAAAGACCCCCCCCCAAAACAAAAACAACCAUCCUCAUAAGAAUGGAGAGACCCCACACUAAGGCACAGUACUGAAGGUAGGUGGGACUCCGGCAUUUCCACAAUAUAAGGGAACAAAAAACUGACCCACCCACCCCCCACCCACCAUGCCGAUGGAGCCAGAGUUUAAGUCAGCACUGGCAAGAAUCAACAAGUGAGGGAUGGGCACUCCAGGACUGAACAAUGGGCAGCCCCAGGUCUGGGGACCUGAGUAAGACCACCAAGGACCCCCUCCUGUGAGUAGUAAAAACCCAAAACCCCGGCAGGUGGGCAAAGGGAACUCAGAUCGUGGGAGCUCUGAGAACUAGGGUGCUAUAAUCAAUGAGUGUGCAAAGGGAUCCCCUGAAGUGAGCAAGGGGAACCCACAGGUCUUGGUAGUUAAUUAAAAACACCAAAGACCCACACCUGAGAGCAGUAACACCCAAAAUGCCAGCAGGCAGAGGAGGGCAGACCCUGGGCUUCCCUGGGAAGACAGAGAAUUGAGAAUUUGCCUGAAGCUAAAGCCUUGAAUAGUAAACCCUUGCACUGAGAGCCAGCCCUUCUCAUUCAGAUUUAUGACUUGAAAGGGGAGAAAAAAAAAACAUAGAGAUGGCACACAGUGCACAGGAGCAACAGCAUCCAAACACCAAGAAAAGCAAGAAGAAGGGGGUGACUUUGGACACAUUUAUGGAGAGAUUUAUUCCUGUCAGAAGAUGAUUUCUGACAAAGUCUGUUGGCUGAGAUAUCCAAAUGCAAAUGUGCAAUACCAAUUGUCAUUGUACUAAUUUUCUCUGUUUCUAUCUGGUGUUCUAGUGUUUGCCCUAGUUCUGGUUUCUACACUUCUAUCUUAGGGACUGACUCUCCCCUUGUGACCUGUCUUCCAAUCAGGGGAAGCAGUUGCUGGACAUCCUUCACAUCUCCAAGUGGAUUCCCAGCUACCUAGGACCCAGGCAUUCAUUGAGGACAUGUCCCCAAGACCCUGUGCCCACAGCCUUUCCCUCCCUGUUAUCUUAACCCCUUUUACUUUAGCUCUUAACUACCUGAGCAUAACUAUUUCUUUCCUUAAAUUUUGGGUCUUCUCCUAUGUUUUAAAUCAUGCAUGCCCAGACAGCUGGACAUAUAAUUCUCUGAUUCAUCCCUCUAGUUGCUUCUGGGGUAAAAGCACUCAUGGGAGCCACCCAGAUGCCAGAUGCCACCAUAACCUUGGCACCCAUCCCAGCCUGAUGCUCUGGACAUGGCCUACAGUCAAUACCUCUCUCUCCUAGUGUUAGGCAGGGACAACUCUAUGCCCAUUCUUAGCUCGGAAGAAGUUACAGAAUACUGAGACCAUCGCCCAUUUUCCUUUACAUAUUAGUAGAGGGGGGAGAUUGGGCAUUGUACCCCGAGAAACCCAGGCAAACUAUUAUCAGGGAAACUCCCUUGCUCCCUUGCUCCCUUGUAUCCUCAUGACUCUGAACCUAGAAACACCCACUGACCCCCCUAGGGUCAGGAGAUGUUUAUCCUCUUUGAUCAUCCUCUAGAUUUAAGAUGGACAAAGAGAUGAAUCUUUAUGCCUCCUCCAGGCAGACCCCAGUCAGAUGACCACCUCACCCCACACCAUGACAUAGCAUCUGUUGUAAAGAGUAUAAAAUCCCCAGAACUGAUGUCAUCUGGAGGACAGCCUUUCCAUUCAUGCUGUCCUCAAGGGGAACACCUUUUCCAUUCAUGCCAGGAACUGCUCCCCAUCUUGCGGUACCACCUUGCUAUCCUCCUUGACAUUCUCAACAUUACAUUCUAAAUUAAUAAAUUUCUCUUUAUGAUUUUAAGCUAAGUUUUGGAGUCUUGCAUUCUUGCCAAAGGUAUCCUUCCUGAACCCCAGGGGUACAUAUCUGAACUCCAUAAUAGCCAGGCAAUACUGAAAACUAUAGAAGAGAUGACCCUGGGCUCUCAGUCAGCACCUCCCAAAGCUAACCACCCAUCAGUCCUUUAUUCUGGGGUUUUGGUUUAACUCUUUGACUCCCAGAAAUCAGGAAUCAUUUUGUGUCUGGUUAGGGGUUGAGCACUGUUUAACAAGGCAAGGCUGGGGGCUGGAUCUGGUUGGGAGAGUUUAGUGAGACCAGCAAUGGCCAGUUACGGGGGAGAGGAGGGAAGCCAAGAAGCUGCUCCUAAAGCUGACCAGGGGAUCUGUCCCUGGAAAUGCGGCCUGAAUCAUCAUGUAAAAGCAAGAAUUGUUCCAUCCUUCUGACCUCAGAUGACUCAUCAACCAUCUACCCCCUCCACCUUGCUCCGUCCCACACAUACCCUCCCCACUGCAUGGCGCCAUCAGACAAGCAGGACCUACCGAGAGGAAGGAGAAGUGAAGAUUCUCAAAGAGGCUCUGGGUGAGGAAACAGUACAGAACUGGCCCUGGUCACAUCGUGGGCCACAGACCAGCCCCAGGCCAGCCUCGGUCCCUUCUCCCACCAGCCUCUGGGAGCACCAUGACGCCUGCCUUCUCAGUCCUUCUAUGCCUUGGGACCUACUGGUGCUUCUACAGCCAUUCAUCCUACGGGUGGUCAAAGUGCAGUGAUCCCCUGAAGCUGGUGGUAACAGGCCUCUCUGCCCCGCCCUCCCUGGCAGUCCUGCCCAGCUCUGAGGUGGCCUCAGGACAGAGCAUGACCCUGCAGUGUCGGUCAGAGCUAUAUUAUGACUGGUUCACCCUGUGCAAGGAUGGAAAAGAGAUCAGCCGCCGCAGGACACAGAGUCAUGGAAGGGGGCGUCAGGCUGACUUCCUUGCUGUGAAUCUAACCCACGAUGGCACUUACCAAUGCUAUGGCUUUCAUAGUUCUUCCCCCUAUCAGUGGUCCUCCCCCAGCGCCCCUCUGGUGUUCCUUGUCUCAGGGACCUUCUCUACAAGCCCUGAAUCUGAGAACAAGCCCUCAGAUGCUGCUGCCCUGGAUUACACUGUGAGCAAUCUGGUCCGCCUCAUCUUGGCUGGGCUGAUCCUCGUCCUCCUGGAAGUACUGCUGGCUGAACACUGGAAAAGCUCCAUGGAGCCACCUGUCCAGGGAGUCUUUGCUGAGCACUCUGGCCAAAGCAGCCCCCAAGACAGAAGUGAAGAAGGGAAUGAAUGA